GGGGCGGGUCGGCGGGAGCUCGAGCGCCGCGGCCUGAGGGAGAGGGACGGGGACACGGAGCGGAGAGCCCAGGCCCCAGGCCCACAACAAACCCCCAGCGAGAGGGCAGGAGCCCCACACCAGGAGCCGCACGAAUGGAGGCCGGGGCGGCCUUCCUGGCCUGGCUGCUGUGCGCAGCGUUUCUGAGGCGGAGCGGGGCCACCCUGGAGGAGGUUGCCGGGGCAGACCUUUGCAGGAUUGAUGAAGCCUCCUGCCACAUUGAGGAGGAGGUGCUCCGCUUUGAAGCCAUUAUGAGUAUUCACAAACAGAUGGAUGAUGAUGCCAAUGGAAACGUAGACGUGGAGGAGAGUGAUGAGUUUUUGAGAGAAGAUCUGAACUACCAAGAUGCAGCAGCGAAGCAUAGCACGUUUCACGGAGGGGACAAGUUGAUCAGUGUGGAGGAUCUGUGGAAAUCGUGGAAAAGCUCUGAAGUGUUUAACUGGACAGGAGAGGAGGUGAUCGAGUGGCUCAUCAACUAUGUCGAGUUACCACAAUAUGAAGAGCACUUCAGAAAACUACACAUAAAUGGGCAUGAUAUGCCAAGAUUGGCUGUGAAUAACCUCACCCUGGCAUGCUCCCUGCUCAAAGUGAAUGACCGCAGUCACCGGCAGAAACUUCAGCUGAAGGCUUUGGACACCGUACUCUUUGGACCACCCCUAUUGACUCGCCACAACCACCUGAAGGAUUUCAUGUUGGUGGUUUCCAUAGUUAUUGGUGUGGGUGGCUGCUGGUUUGCUUACAUCCAGAACCGCUACUCCAAGGAGCACAUGAAAAAAAUGAUGAAGGACCUGGAGGGACUACAGAAAGCAGAGCAGAGUCUGCACGAUUUGCAGGAAAGGCUCCAGAAGGCACAGGAGGAGCACCGCUCCGUUGAGGUGGAGAAAGUCAACCUGGAGCAGAAGCUGCGAGAUGAGAUCAAUGCAGCGAAGCAGGAAGCGCAGAGAUUGAGGGAGCUGCGGGAAGGCACGGAGAAUGAGCUGAGUCGGCAAAAAUAUGCAGAGGAGGAAUUGGAACAGGUGGGAUUUCAGCUGGAAAAUGACACGUGCCUCUGUCUCUCUCAGGUGCGCAUGGCACUGAAGAAAGCCGAAAAGGAAUUAGAAUCACGCGGGAGCUGGUCCCCACCUGAAACUCUUCAGAAAUGGCUGCAACUGACACAUGAGGUGGAAGUCCAAUAUUACAAUAUCAAGAAGCAGAGUGCUGAGAGGCAGCUGAACAUUGCCAAGGAAGGGGCAGAAAAAAUAAAGAAGAAGAGAAACACAUUGUUUGGAACGUUUCACGUGGCACACAGCUCCUCGCUGGAUGAUGUUGAUCAUAAAAUACUGUCCGCAAAGCAGUCACUGAGUGAGGUCACAGCAGCAUUACGUGAAAGGCUCCACCGCUGGCAGCAGAUUGAAAUGCUCUGCAAAUUUCAAAUCGUCAAUAAUCCCGGGAUCAGUGCCCUGCACUCGGUGCUGAAUGUGGAUCCAAGCUGGCUUGGACAGGCGCGGUCCACCCCCACACAUUUCAUCCUCACUGAUGAUCUGGACGAUAUGGAGGAGGAAUUGGUAACUCCAGUUACUCUGCAAUAUAUGGCAUGGCUAAUGGAUCAAAGAGUCACUGAGCAUUCCAGGAUACCCCUGGACAAUCUUUCAACAUGGAACUCCACUGCCUCCCUCAGCUCGUACCCAACUGUUCGUCAGCGUCAGGUUGACUCCCAGCAUGCUGCUGGCUCACAGAGGGAGUUAAAUCGCUCCGAUUCGGAAUCCUCCAUUUCUCAAUCCAGUGAUCAGCAGCGCCUUUCCAACUCCUCAGGAUCUCCCAGCACCCUCCUACACAGUUCUGGAUUAAGGUCUAUCCCAUCCAAGCCUACCUCCCUCCUUAAACUGACAGAAGAAGUCACUCCGACCCAGAGUGUGGCCUCGGACUCCAAUGCCCCCACCCCGGACGGCAGCAGCAGCAGCAGCAAGCAAGCCGACUCGCUGAGCAGCACGUGCUCCGAGCACAUCUCGGACAGUCCCCUAGCGGGCAGGAAAGCCCACCUGAACCGGGGCCUGGAGAAAUCGGCCAGCCUGGGGGAGAUCCACCGGGGCACGGAGGGCUCAGCCCUCAGCCCCUCCGAGUCAUCGCGGUCCCUCAGCCCCACGUCCACCGAUCCCGAGUCCACAGUAACCGAGGGGAAAAAUGGCAUCAAGGGCACCAAGAUCCCUCAACUGGCCUCCAAAAAGUCCCCGGUGGAGGAAGACAGCACGUCAACAGGUGAGGAGACAGAGCCGAACCCCGGCAAAAAGAAACCAGGAUUUAAGCUGUUCAAGAAAAAGAUCAAGUAAAUCCAAUCGAUUGGGGAGACGGGCUUUCCAAACAGGAGAUCUGCCUAGAACAGAACUAAGUGAGAGGGAAGUAGAGACCCAACAUUUCAGGGACUCUGUUUAUCCUUUGGUCAAGCUUUUUAUUAGAGCUCUUUGUCCCCAGGGAGUGGAUUUUAUUUAAUCUUAUUUAUUUUACAGACUGGUGUUCCUUAUUUCUAAGCUUCCCCUGAGUUAAUGAGGGGGAAAUGGUGCGAGGAUCCUUUGCUUCCUGGCCCCUCUCUUUCUAUCCUGCUGCAUGUCUUCUCUUCCAGCGCCUGAGCUGUAUCAGGGCAGCAUGCACACGCAACGCUUCUGCAAAAAAAAAAAUUUAAAGUUUCAAAAAAGUUCCUCUGGUAGGUCUAAUUAAGGUUUUAAGAUGUCGAGAUGUUUAUCACAUCUCCAAAGGACUGAGUUACAAAGCUUGUAAAUGUGCCGGUUUAUCUGCACCUUUAGUAAGUGACCUGGGACGAGAGUCGCGCUCAUCCUUAGAGGGUGGAUCUUUCCUUUCUGUCCAUUUUCUACUGUUGGGUCAUCAGUUUGUGGCCAGUACACAACGUGGCUCUGUGCAGUCACACUUGGUUGAAUAGCUGGCCGUCUGAUUAAAAGAGAAUGUGAUCAGUAGCUUGCACUGGGGCCGAUUAUUGAAUAUGCAUUGUACUUGUGAACAGACUAACCUGCCCAAGCAAAACCCAGAAGGAUUCAGCUAAUCUAGCUUGCUCCGUCAAGAGUGCUCACAUGAUUACUCCAACAUGGACAUGUCUCCAUCACCCAUCCACCACAUUGAUUCCCUACUUUGCAAAACAUUAGGGCUGGGAUUUUGGACCCACUAUGGGGGAUGCAGCGGGUCAGCCAAAAGUCCAUUGACUUUGGGUGGGACUGGAUGAUCCCAGCGGCGGGCGGGCCGAAUAGGCUCUUAUUCUGAAAACAAAACAAGCAGGGUCAUUAAUCUCUCUAACUCUUACCCUCCCUGUACAGUUAAUCUCUCUAACCUCUCUCUUCCUGUGCAGUUAAUCUCUCUAACCUCGCUCUCCCUGUACAGUUAAUCUCUCUAACCUCUCUCUGCCUGUACAGUUAAUCUUUCUAACCUCUCUCUCCCUGUCCAGUUAAUCUCUCUAACCUCUCUCUCCCUGUGCAGUUAAUCUCUCUAACCUCUCUCUCCCUGUGUAGUUAAUCUCUUUAACCUCUCUCUCCCUGUGCAGUUAAUCUUUUUACCCUCUCUCUCCCUGUGCAGUUAAUCUCUCUAACCUCUCCCUGUGCAGUUAAUCUCUCUAACCUCUCCCUGUGCAGUUAAUCUCUCUAACCUUUGUCUCCCUGUGUAGUUAAUUUCUCUAACCUCUCUCUCCCUGUGCAGUUAAUCUCUCUAACCUCUCUCUCCCUGUGCAGUUAAUCUCUCUAACCUCUCUCUCCCUGUGCAGUUAAUCUCUCUAACCUCUCUCUCCCUGUGCAGUUAAUCUCUCUAACCUCUCUCUCCCUGUGCAGUUAAUCUCUCUAACCUCCCUCUCCCUGUGUAGUUAAUUUCUUUAACCUCUCCCUGUGCAGUUAAUCUCUCUAACCUCUCCCUGCAGUUAAUCUCUUUAACCUCUCCUUGUGCAGUUAAUCUCUCUAACCUCUCUCUCCCUGUGCAGUUAAUCUCUCUAACCUCUCUCUCCUUGUGCAGUUAAUCUCUCUAACCUCUCUCCCUGUGCAGUUAAUCUCUCUAACCCUCAUUCUCUCAAUCAUGUUAAUCUCUCUAACCCUCACUCUGUCCUAUUAAUCUCUCCAACCCUCACCCUGUCCUGUUUAUCCCUCUAACCCUCACCCUGUCCUGUUUAUCCCUCUAACCCUCACUCUGCCCUGUUAAUCUCUCUCACCCUCACUCUGUUCUGUUAACCUUUCUAACUCUCACUCUCUGUCCUGUUAAUUUCUCUUACCCUCACUCUCCCUGUGUUGUUAAUCCAGCUCCUUUGUUUAAAGAUAUUAGCUGAUCAGCUUGAAAUCCAUUUUUAGAACCCAUCACUGAGCACACAGUGUAUACACUCUCCUAACUCCUCACUGACAGUAUAAAGAUUGUGAAAUGUCAGAGUUAACCUCUCACAAGCAUUAGCUUCACCCGUCUGCCCUGGUAGCUACUAAAUCCUUGAAUAUUUUAAAUCCCUAACACAUUGUUUCCCAAUCUUCCAAUUUAUUCCUUGGAAUUACUUUCUCUUCACAUGGCCAUGCUAAUUUAUUUAAAAGUAUUCUGCUGUGACCAAACUCCAUUCAGCAUGUGAACAUUGAUAUCCUGAGCUCAGCAGUAAUCCAAGGGAGCCUGGUCAUUGCAGAGAUCCCAAUACCAAAGGGGUUGCCUGUGAUCAUGCCAGGGUUCGUCUCAUCAGUCCAUUAAAAUCUUCGGGGUUCCUACCCAAAUAUAUAACCACAAGAUUGUGCUUAGUAGAGUUGGCCUGACAGUGUUGGCCCUGGUGUGUGUGUGUGUAUCUGUAUGUGUUGCACUACGAGGACUGCACCAGAUGCACGGUGUCACCAGGGUAUGCAGUGGUUCUGUAGUGGGUGUGUGCAGUCUGACCUGGGCUGUGUUUGGGCAUUGUGCUGUUGAUUCUGUGGAAUCUCAACCCUUUGAUCAUCAGUGAGUUGAAAAACCAACUCUGAUGCUCAGAUAGAUUCACAGGAGAUUUGAGGUCAACUCUGACCUAAACCCUGUAUUUCUGGAUCAUGUAUAAAGAGUUUGAGUUUAAUUUGUGCCUGAUGGAUGAAUUGGCUCGAUAAAGAGUGAGACAGACUGAAUCACUGUACUGUGGGAUGAGAGAAGCUGGGAGUGGGACUGCAAUCAGCUCUGAACACAGACACGUUGAAAAUAUAAUACACCUUUAGUGUUCAGAUGUUGGGUGUUUGUCAAGCAUGUUCCCUGGGAAAACUUUAAUCCAGUGACUAGCUCAGGCUGGUGCCCAUGCAGUGAUCACAUCUGGGAAUGCUGUCAUCCGGCUAACUGGUCUCCGGUCAGACAGUGACCAGAAACUCUAUCAGUAUUUUAUCCAUGUGCCAAAGCACUGUUACUGUUCAGUGUUGAAUGACUUGCUCUGUCAUGGGAUGGUGGAGCAUUGCCAAAACACGUUAGCCCUUGUGGCCUGUGAUUAUAGAGGCUGCUGUGCGCAACUGUCAGGCAUAGUCCUCGUUCACACAGUUCAUUCACAAGCGAGGUGUGGGGAGAAUCCGCCGGUGGCUGUUAGCUUUGUAUCAGUGCAUGCUGCAAUGGUGACUGCAUGGAGAGGGGCAGCUUUCAUAUAACUGCUCUACUCAUUAUCCAGUUAGUGCUUUUAUAGUCACCCAGUCUGCUCUGUCCAGGCCCAGCAUUCCUGUCGAUUCCCACUGUGGCUGGGCUGGGGCGGGUUGGAAUUUAAUCGGAGUUGAAUGCGUGACCAGCUGCUGAGUUUAUUUGGCUCCAGCCACGCUGUAACCAGCCUGAAGGCAUUCUUUUUGCUCAGUGCUUAUAAAAUUAAUAGUCUUAAGGGCAGUGAUGAUCUUUGCCCUGCCUUCUCCGUCACCCACUCUCUCCCCUGCACCGUUUCUCCUCCCCCAUCAUCCCCCCCCCCGCCUCUCCAUCGCUCUCCUGUCCUUCCUCCGCCCCCCCAUCGCCCCACUCUGCCUCCUGCUAUGCCCCCAUGUCAUCUCCCGCCCCGCCUUCUCCCCCCGCCGUUCCCCUC